AUGCACUUCCCGCGCAUGCUCGGGGGCCUGCACCGGCUCACCCGCCUCACGCUUACGGACAUGACGCUCGGGAAGCACCCGACAGCGCUUGACCCGGCAGAGGGGGUCGGUGGUGUGGAAGCCGAAGGGCACGGGGUCGAAGGGCGGGGCAAGCGGUCGGCCCGCGACUGGGCCAUUUAUUCCAUCGAGCGAUAUCGCGGCGAUCUGGGGCGACAUGCUCGAGUGCCGUUCGCGCCUCACGACUCGUUCGAAGUGUCAAGCGAGGAUUCGCGCAAGGUGUUUGGACGCCGCGCUCCCCGCCGGUCUGCACAAGCUGACUACUUACCCACUCUGGCCACUCACGGAACUCGCGGAAUGGGCGUGCGCGCCACGCUCGUCGCUCGUUUCCGGCCGGGCUGGAAACGGCUCAAGACGCUCUCGCUGGACACGUGGGUCGUGCCGAGGGACGCACAGCUUGAAGACAUGGCCUGGGUCGUGGACACGAUGAGCAACGCGAACCUCGUUAGAACGGAGCGUGGAACGGGCGGUGCAGUGCAGGCGGCGUUUCCUGAGAGCUUUUUCCGGGGAGGAUUAUGA